AUGCCGAACCUGCUCGCCACCGCUUCACAAGUCGCCAACUCGUUGUCGAAUUUGAAGGCCAAAUAUAUUCGGUAUUUGGAAAGUCUCUGCGCCGCCAAUGGAAUCGACAUAUCGACGCUCAAAACCGAAGGUGAUGGGUACACAAUUCUUGAAAUGUACUUUGGCGGCCUUCCAGUGCUCGUCGGCCUUAAAUAUUUCACAAGUCUCAGCUGUCUUCGACUGUUCGGCCAACAAAUCACAAGUCUGAAACCGCUCGGCGAAGUGGCAUCAACUCUCGAAGAGUUGUGGGUUUGCGAGGGAGUUAUUAAGGAUCUGACCGGCAUUGAAACAUGCGUUCGACUCAAAAAAUUGUUCCUUUAUGAGAAUCUGAUAGAAGACGCGUCUUGUUUGUCGUCUUUAACUUUGCUGCAAAUUCUCGAUUUGUCGGCGAACAAGCUUCGAAACUUGGCGGUUUUUCUUCAUUCCCUUCGCGACUUGACCACAUUUUCAGUAAGCAAUAAUAAAAUGAAGGAUUCAGUUAUUGCAACAGCGCUUUGGCCAGAAAACAUUCAACAUUUAGACAUUUCUGCAAAUUCGUUUUCAUCAUAUAAGGCUUUAUUCCCAUUAACAGUGCUUCACUCCCUUCGAUCGUUGCAUAUCAAUCCGCUGGCGAAAUCCGAGACAUUCUCGCCGGAUAUAUUUUUCGCCUGGAUUGCGCAUUCGUUCAAGUUCAUCGAGUCCAUCGAUGACGAUAUUCUAACCGACAAUUUUGUGCCGACCUACAGGCCAACAGUUGACACAAUAUUAGGCGAUCGGAUGGGUCGAAUUGUGAAAAUUGAUGAGAAAUUUAACAAGGAUUUGAGGAUGGCUGAAAAGCAUGUUGCAAAAAUCGAGAAUCGUUUAGCGUGCCUUGCCGAUGCGUUAGCGACAUAUCGCGAUUUGAUGCAGACGAAGGACGCGAAAAAGGAGAUUGUCAAGCGUGUACAUGAGAUAUGCACGAAUAACUCAAGGAAUGUCAAAAAUGUGAAAAAGAAUUACGCGCGACUUUGCGAGUUUCACAGAACUCUUGGAAAAUAUCGAAUCGCCUUUGAGCUUGAGUCAAGCAACACGCUGAACAUUCGCGAUGGGACCAAAGAAGAAAUUGGGCUUCUCACGCAAACCCUAAACUACAAUUGCUCGAUGAAGAAUUUGUAUGAGAUUAGCAUCAAAUCGUGCUCAAUGUUCCAAGAGCUCGACAAAUCCGACAUCGAGCGAUUAUUUCUGUUGGAGAGGGACUCGCAUGACGCGCUUUUCGAUAUUCGCUCGAUAUUCCAUUUGGUGGAUCGACAUCAGAUGAAUGAUUAUACCAAAUUGCCGGUGAAAAUUGUCAGAGAUUUCGAAAUUAUCAAAAAGCAAAAUAAGGAGAAGACGAUAGUGUUUUUCGUUCCAAUGGUCCUCUCACGAACGUCAACCACUCGGGGAAACAGCAAGAUAAUCGAGGAAGAUGGAAUGUCGUCGACUUCUUCUGAUAACCUGAUGUGGGCUGACAUCAAGCUUGUCUCGAUUCUUGCCGUUGAAAUUCAUUCGACUGGACAAAUUACUACGGACCAAAUAAGAUACAUUGACAAGUUUGAGGAGACUUGGCUGGAACAGUUCAAAAAAUUGAAUGAGAUGAAUAUAAAACUGGAUUUGAAGGAGGGGAAGCAAAAAAAGAUUGAAGAUAUCACCGAGCACACGAUUGAGGAUAUCAGCAUUCCGCAAACAAAAGUUCGAAAAGUCAUCGAUGUUCUCGGCCAACCGAAAUCGUUGUGGGACCGCGUUGCCGAUAUCGCGAUUCCACUGGAAUGGUUCUCGACGCGAACACUUCUUGACAUUUCGAUUGCUUAUUUCGGUUGUCGACCAUUUAAGGAUACUAUGGAUAUAGCGCUGAAAAUCACCACAUUAGAUCUCUCCGAGCAAAAAUUGACAAAAUUGCACGGAAUUCAGGAGUUGGUCAGCUUGCAGUUUUUAUCAAUAAGGAAAAAUAAAAUCGCCUCAUUGAAGAAGCUCAUGCGACUUCCAACUCUACGAUUCCUCGACGCUUCUUCAAAUCACGUUGGGAAACUCGACAAUCUCCCAUCGACAUUGAUAUUUGUUGAUUUGAGCCAAAAUCGCCUUCAAAAUUUGGCAUUUUGCCAAACAUUAACAAAUGCUCGGGAUAUUCGAGUACAACGAAAUCAGAUAAAAAGCUUAAAAUCAUUAGAAUUUUGUGUUCAAUUAGAGACAUUUUUUGUUAGCGAUAAUAUGAUAAAAGAUAAAAUGGAAUUGGAAGUAUUCAAGCCUUUGACAAAACUUAUUCAUUUGGACAUUUCUUCGAAUCCAAUUUCGGCUGCUGAGAAUUUCAAAUCAAAAAUUGCUCAAUAUGCACCAUCUUUAAUAUCAUUGGAUCGAUGUUUGGUUCCUGUUGAAGAACGAUCUGUAAAUACUAAUAAGCAGACGACUAGAGGGUUAAGUAUCGAGCUAAUUGAGAAAAUAUGUCCCGAAUGGAAAAACAAACAAGAGUUGAUGAUAUGCGAUCAGAAAAUUGAGCAGCUCAUAUUUGAAAAAUCUCAAAUUGAAGAACUUUCCCAUGUUCGUCUGAUUGAUUUAUCAAAGAACAAGCUUGCAAGUGUCAAAAAGCUCAAUCCACUGAAUAUAACACAUUUGGUUUUGGAUAAUAAUUGCAUUCGAUUGAUAGCAGUUUUCGAAAAUCAAUUGCAGCCAUUCAAAAAUUUGGAAACACUGAGUUUGGUUUCAAAUGGGAUUAACAAUUCAACAAUUUUGAGAAUGGGUCUUCAAUACCUGCAAAAGUUGAAGAAUAUUGAUUUGUCGUUCAAUGCCCUAUCAAAAUUCGACUGCGCUUUAUUUGAUUUGCCCUGUUUGGACUCGAUUAAUUUGAGUAAUAAUGCGAUAAAGACGAUUGUUCGAAAAAGCCUCAGAUCACUGACGCAUCUUCAGAUUCAAAAUAAUAAGCUCACAUCACUUUCUCCAUUGAAUGCACAAAAUUUGAUAUCGCUAGAUUGCUCGGAGAACAAAAUGGAUUCUUGCGCCUCUCUGAAACCGCUUUGCGAGAUGAAAAAUCUGGAAAUCCUCGAUUGCCGUGGGAAUACUGUCACCGAAAGGCGGGUUUACGUUGACUUUGUUAAAUCGCAGGUUCCAUCUGUCAAAAAAUUGGAUGGCGAGGAAAUGCUUUCUGAGUUGAGCGCAACCAAACGAAGGUUGUCAAGAGCUUCCGAGCUUGUUAGCUUGUCUCGUAGAUCGAGUAUGGUAACAUCCUCAACGCUAUCAUGGUUCGAAAAAGAAGAAGCUGAAUCUCUGGACACCGUUUCAAGGGCAACGAGUUUCUUAGAAAUUCCCAAUGGAAAAUCGAAGGGCAAAGGAAUUACGCAUUCGCAAAAUAGAGGAGCCAAAUAUAGACAAGAUGAAGGAUUUAUGCUAUUUGGAAUCAAGUAA